AUGGCCAGCUCUUCAACGCCGUACUAUUCCCAAGAUGAACCCCACGACGACGAAUCUAUCCUGGACGAUGGGGUAAUUGAGGCUGAUGAUGCCAUCGAUGCCGAUGACCCUCUCCACGAAACCGACAGAACCCCGUUACGCGGCAACAUCGAGCCUGAUUCGUCGAGCUCUCGUGGCGGCGGCGGCAACAACCUCUCCAGUGGCUACCUCACAUCUAGAAUCCCAGGCGAGGACCGUCGCGCACCGCAGAACACCAUCGAUGAGAGCGUAUGGCAGACGCUUUCCCGCGACCUUUUGGCGGUCUGGGAGAAGAUGCGCCAGGUCCUCUAUCCCAAGUAUCUGGUUGGCGGUAUACUGCAGCGCGGCGGAGGUGGUAUUGGGGCCGCUGAACGCGGAGAAGCUUCGGGAUUUGGCGGCGGCAUGAGGAAUGCUCUUGGGCGCUGGCCAGAUGCUGAUGUUGUGCUGCAAGGCGGGAUGAGUGAGGGAUUGAGAGAUUGGGAUCUUUGGGGUCCGCUUAUUUUCUGCUUGCUUCUGAGUAUGUUCCUGUCCAUGGCUAAAGGUGACCAGUCGGACUUGGUCUUCUCGGGGGUGUUCUCUCUCGUUUGGAUUGGUGAGGCGGUCGUGACGCUGCAGAUUAAGCUGCUGGGUGGGAAUAUCUCGUUCUUCCAGUCUGUCUGUAUCAUCGGUUACACGCUAUUCCCCCUGGUUAUCGCCGCACUUCUCAGCGCAAUAGGUCUUCCAACGAUUGUGCGGAUACCGGUUUACCUCGCCUUGAUCGCCUGGUCUAUGGCCGCAGGCGUGAGUAUCCUCGGAGGCUCUGGAGUCGUGCGAAACCGUGUGGGAAUUGCGGUAUAUCCGCUUUUUGUCUUCUACAUCGCGAUCGGGUGCCUUUGCUUCAUCAGCUAA